CGUCAAUGUCAAUUGUCAAUUUAAGGUCAAUGCAUUUUGAUUUUGACAACUGAACAAACGUGGCGGAUUUUUGUUGAUUUUACAAAGUGUAAAAUCUCUUUUUUCAUUUUCGCAUUCGUAAGGACUGUGAAGUUAAACUGGAACUGUGAUAUGAUAUGAGUUUUAUGUAUUUCCUCCAGACAGAAAAUAUACAAACCGAAAUAAAAAUCCUCAUAAAUGGCUUUAAAAAAGGUAAAAGGAAACAUAGAACGAAUGUUUGAUAAGAAUUUAACAGAUCUAGUGAGAGGAAUAAGGAAUAACAAAGAAAAUGAGGCCAAAUAUAUUUCAGAAUGCAUGGAGGGUAUCAAACAAGAACUCCGACAAGAUAAUUUAUCCGUCAAGAGCAAUGCAAUUGCAAAACUCACUUAUCUCCAAAUGUUAGGUUAUGAUGUAUCUUGGGCUGGUUUCAACAUAAUUGAAGUUAUGAGUUCUAGUAAAUUUACUUUGAAAAGGAUUGGUUAUUUGGCUGCAAGUCAGUCAUUCCACUGUGAUUCAGAACUAUUAAUGUUAACUACCAAUAUGAUUAGGAAGGAAUUGAAUUCCCAGAAUCAGUAUGAAUCUGGCCUAGCUCUGACAUCUUUGAGUUGUUACAUAAGUACUGAUCUAGCUAGGGAUCUAUCAAAUGAUAUUUUAACUCUGCUCAGUUCUACCAAACCAUACAUCAGGAAGAAGGCUGUUUUGAUGAUGUAUAAGGUUUUUCUGAAAUAUCCUGAAGCCUUAAGGCCUGCAUUUCCCAGAUUGAAAGAGAAAUUAGAAGAUCCUGAUCCAGGUGUUCAGUCUGCUGCAGUGAAUGUUGUUUGUGAAUUAGCAAGAAAGAACCCAAAAAAUUACCUUAGUCUUGCACCAGUUUUUUUCAAAUUGAUGACAACAAGUACAAAUAACUGGAUGCUGAUUAAAAUCAUCAAACUGUUUGGUGCCCUUACUCCUUUAGAACCUAGGCUAGGUAAAAAGUUGAUUGAACCCUUGACUAACCUUAUACACAGUACUUCUGCAAUGAGUUUACUAUACGAGUGUAUAAAUACAGUAAUAGCUGUGUUAAUCAGCAUAUCAUCAGGCAUGCCAAACCAUGCAGCCAGCAUUCAACUCUGCGUUCAGAAACUGAGGAUACUCAUAGAAGAUUCCGAUCAAAAUCUUAAAUAUCUAGGAUUGCUGGCCAUGUCGAAAAUUUUGAAAACUCAUCCAAAAAGUGUACAGGCACAUAAGGAUCUCAUUCUACAAUGUAUGGAAGAUAAAGAUGAGUCCAUCAGAUUGAGAGCUCUAGAUUUGUUAUAUGGAAUGGUUUCAAAAAAAAACCUUAUGGAAAUAGUGAAAAAAUUGAUGGUACACAUGGAUAAGGCUGAAGGUACUGUGUAUCGAGAUGAACUGUUAAGCAAAAUCAUUUUGAUUUGUUCUCAGAAUAACUACCAGUUCAUCACUAAUUUUGAGUGGUACAUCACCGUUUUGGUGGAAUUGGCUCAGAUGGAAUUUGGAUCUAAACAAGGUCAUGUCAUUGGAGCUCAAUUAAUGGACGUGUGCAUACGUGUCCAAGCCAUAAGGUCCUUUGCAGUAACGGAAAUGGCUCAAGUGUUGGAAAUAUAUACCUCGACGACACAAUUUACUAUCAUGCAAGAGGUUUUGUACGCUGCUGCCUGGCUAUGCGGUGAAUUCGUUAGCGAAUUGAAGAAACCGGAGCAAACGCUCGAAGCAAUGUUGAAAUACAAGUUCGUGCCGCAACAUAUCGAGUCGGUCUUCCUGCAGAACAUCCUGAAAAUAUUCGCUCACAUUGUGAGAACGUACGAAAUUGACAACAGAUACGACGACAUAAUCAGGGUGUGCGAAUCUCUCACCGACAAACUCAACGAUAGCGUUAAAUCCGGUGAACUGGAAGUGCAGGAACGUGCCAGCACAUCGUUGAUUGUCAUCGGGAUCGUCCAAGAAGAGAUUACGGCGAGAAAAAGUUCGUCAAGCAAUAACAUCAUGGAAACUGACAGUUCCAUGGAAUCAAAGCCUAUAAACGAGCAAUCGUAUUUGAUUUCCGAUGAACUGCUGAGUUUGUUUUCUGGUGAAUUGAAUCCUGUAGCUCCGAAGGCUCAGAAAAAAGUACCCAUUCCUGAUGGUCUGGACUUGGAUGCUUGGAUAAAUGAACCAAUAGAGGAAUCAGAUACCGACAGUGAACCGGAAAUGACUGAAAAUUUGUUCGUCAAAUCGGAAAGAAGGUCAAUUGUUUAUCAAGAGCCCACUGAAGAGGAAAUGAAAAAGAGUCGAGAAGUCAGAAAAUACGAACAACAAAACAACCCCCAUUAUCUGAAAGGGGUUGGUAAUGGCGCAGCUGAGGAAGCUGUCGAAAACAUUCCGGUGACGGAACUCAAUUUGAACGUACCUCUCAAGGUACUCCGUCAAAAGAGAUCCGACAAGUAUCUCAACGUCAAUGCCGACAAAAAAUCGUCCAAGAAGAAGAAGAGCAAAAAGAAGAAACAUAAAUCUGAAAGUUCUUCGGAUGGAAUGUUCGAUAAGGAACCCGCGAUAGAAGUGAGAAGGGAUAUGGAGUUGCCUGAAGGAGCUACUUUAUCGGAUUCCGAUAGCGAUCAUGCAGCAAAAGAUGAUCCCCACAGAGCAUUAGAUAUCGAUUUGCACUUGCCUAUCUAUGACUAUACUCAGAAACCAGAUAAUGAAGUGAAGGAACCGAAAGCAAAGAAGGAGAAAGAGAAGAAGCACACGAGGAAAAAGGUAGAAAAGGAGAACCUGACAGAACAGACAGAGAAACUGAAACGGAAGAAUAGAGAGAACGAGACGGAGAAUAAGGAAAAGUCCAGUAAGAAGAAAAGUGAAAAACUCAAAGGGAAGAAGCCAAAGCAGCCUAAAGAAUCGAAUUUGUUAGAAUUGGAUGAAGAAAUUGGAGGAGUCAAAAAGGAAAAGAAGGAGAAGUCCAAAGAUAAAAAAGAAAAAGUAAAAGUGAAAUCAAAGAAGUCAAGUUCUGACUAUGAAGAGGCUGUCGGUAUUUCAACACCCAGUAAAGAAUUUCAGUAAUUCGGAUAUUUUAUCAUUCUGAUUUCUCUUGGAAUACUCUCUAACUUAACAAUCAUACCGGUUAUAAUUUUAAGAUACAAACAUGUGAAUAGUCAAUGUGCAUACAGUGUGUCCCACUUAUCAUGCUCACCAUGGGUAUCUUUUUAACGGUGAGAGAUACGAGG